CGACGCAACAGGGGCCGCGGCGCUGUCGUCAGCCGGGGCUGGAGGGAAGGAAGCGGAGAGUGGCUGUGCUCCCCCUCCUCCCCCCCCUCCCCCUCCGCUGCCAUCGAGGAGAAACAGCCUCAAACUGUAACACAAGGCCCCGGUGUAACCGGGCGCCGGCCCUAUUGGCCGGCGGAAUACGCCCUGUCGGGAGCCUCAUGUUGCCGGGACCGAGCUGAGGUGUCGGAUGCGGCGGUUGGGUCAGGAAGGACCCGAUGGACGUUAUGGAAAGUCCAUUGAAUCUGGCUCAUCAGCAGAGCAGAAAGGCGGAACGUAUGCUUGCAGCAGGAAAGUAUGCUGAAGCUAUUGCUUGCCAUGAAAAGGCUGCAGACCACCUUGGGGAAGCCAUGAAACUAACACAGUCAGAACAGGCAUUAUUAUCAUUGAAGCUACAACGGGACAGCCAUAUCAAGCAUCAACUCCUAAUUGAGGAGAGAUGGAAGCGGGCCAAGAGGGAAGAAAAGCUAAGGGCUCAGAUACACAUGACAACAGUAGACAAGGAGGUUGAAUCCCAGUUAUCUGUUAAACCCUCCUUUGAUGAACCUGAUAGUCAAAAAACACUUUCCACAAGCGUGGAAAUGAGUAGCUCUGAUCGAGAUGAAUAUCUGAGGCAAAUUCGAAACUCAUGUGAUCGAGAACCAGAUACACUUCUCUUUCUGCUAGAGAAAAAGGAAAUGCCUUUAAAGACUUGUACAGGGAGUAAAGCUCCGAAGGAUGACAAGACAAGGAUAGAGGAACAAGAAAUGAAAAUUGCAGAGCUAAAAAGACUUGUUGAUCUACUUGUAGCUGAGAAUGAGAGACUAAAGAAGGAGAAUAGGCAGCUGAAGGCAGAGAAUGCAAGACUUAGGAAAUUCCCAUCAGAGAAGGAAGUGGAUGUAGCUGCAGACUUUGUGAAGUCUGAAUUAUGGUGUCUGAGUCAGACACCAGAUAAAACCACCAAUGCUGGGAAAGCAAAGGACAUUCCAAUACCUAAUCUUCCUCCUUUGGAAAUGCCAGCUCAGGAUAUUUCAUUGGCUGAUCUCCCCCCUUUGGAACUUCCUGAGGUUGCACCUAACCUGAAAGAACUAUUGGACAACCAAACGGAAACCUCAAAAAGGGACAAACUAUAGGGAGCAUACUUGGAAAAGAUACCAGUUUUAAUUAUUAAAUUGUACAGUGCCUCAGAAUAGCAGUUAAUGUUCCUGUAAUGUAUGAUACAAUUAGUGCCAGAUGAUUGUAUACAUAUACUAUAUGACCUGCUAGUUCAGAUGGUUUGAGGCACUGUUUACAUUCAGGUACUCACCUCCAUUAAUCAGUCUGUGCCACUCAUUGAGUUCUAAAUGUGAUGCAAAUUUAAAAGCCAAUCAGGAACAUUACACAAGUUUGUAUUGUAUGAAGAGGGAACCAAAUGAGCAAUUUUGUUUUUCAAUGAUCGAUCAGUUUACAUAACACAGUAAUCGGGGUUCAUCAUUGUAAACAUUUUUUUAAAUUGUUUUGUGUAAAUCUAAAAAUUACUGUAUUCUGUGUGAUGAAUUGUCUAAAAAUGAAUUAUAAUUUUUUGUUGCUGCAUGAAUGGAAAACAUUAGUGUCAGUAUUUGAUUUGCAGAUUGAAUAAUUAAAAGAGCAAUCCUUGCAA